UUCGUUUUGGACUUUUGGGCUUGGGCUUAGCCCCUCUGGCUCUAGUACACCACAAUACCCGCAGGCCGCCGCCGCCGCCGCCGCCGCCCGCCAUGCUGCGCUCGCUCGCGGCCGCCGCCAACGCCAUGGCAGCAACCCGCCGCCUCCUAUGCACGGCAACCGCCGAUCUGGCCCCCUCCCUAACCCACCUCCUCGCUCUGCCGCCCGUCACGCCGUCGCCCACCGCCGACGAGCUCGCGCGCCUACUCCUCGCGCACCACAACCCCUUCCACCCGUCGGAGUCGCCGCUCCAGCUCCUCUCCGGCGGGGGCGUUUCCCUCACCCAGGACCUCCUCGUGCAGAUCCUCCUCCGCCUCCGCGGCGCGUCCAAGCUCGCGCUCUCACUCCUCAACGCCGUCCGUCUCCACCCGUCCAUCUCCUCCCCGCCAAACGCCGACGCCUACGACGCCGUCGUCGACGCCCUCGGCCGGGCGCACCAGUUCGAUGCCGCGUGGCGGCUCGUUGUCGAGGCCGCGGCGGACGGCGCCGCCACGCCCCGCACGUUCGCGGUGCUCGCCAGGAGGUACGUCGCCGCGGGAUUGACCAGGCAGGCGGUGCGCGCGUUCGAUGACAUGGAGGCUUUCGUAGGGAGAGAGCCCGACGCCCAGGAGUUCACCACUCUUCUCGACACGCUCUGCAAGUACAAGUACCCCAAGGUUGCUGUGGAGAUAUUCAAUAAAAGAAAAUACAAAUAUGAACCAAACGAAAAGAUGUACACUAUCUUAAUUUAUGGCUGGUGCAAGGUAAACCGAAGUGACAUGUCUCAGAAAUUCCUAAAAGAUAUGAUUGAUCAUGGGAUAGAGCCAAACAUAGUUACAUACAACAUUCUCUUAAAUGGUAUCUGUAGGCAUGCAAGUUUGCACCCUGAUAACCGGUUUGAUAGAACAGUUAAUGCAGCUGAGAAUCUCUUGAAGGAGAUGAGUGACAGGGGAAUUGAACCAGAUGUAAUGAGCUACUCAAUCAUCCUGCAUGUUUACAGUCGUGCACAUAAGGCUGAACUAUGUUUGUGUAUGUUCCGCUCGAUGAAGGAUAGAGGCAUUUGCCCCACAGUGGCAACCUACACUUCUGUGAUCAAGUGCCUUGCUUCGUGUGGAAGACUAGAAGAUGCUGAGAAGUUGCUUGGUGAGAUGGUUAGUGAGGGGGUGUGUCCCUCCCCAGCGACCUACAAUUGCUUCUUCAAAGAGUACCGAGGGAGAAAAGAUGUUAGUGGUGCCCUUGAAUUGUACAACAAGAUGAAGGCUCCUUGUUCACCAACUGCACCAGAUAUUCAUAGUUACAAUAUAUUGCUUGGAAUGUUCAUCAAGUUGGACCGACAUGAAACUGUUACGGAACUUUGGAACGAUAUGUGUGAGAGCACCGUGGGUCCUGAUCUUGAUUCAUAUACCUUGCUGAUUCAUGGUUUUUGUGUCAAGGAAAAAUGGAAGGAGGCAUGCCAAUUCUUCAUGGAAAUGAUAGAGAAAGGUUUUCUUCCCCAGAAGAUCACCUUUGAAACACUGUAUCGCGGUCUUAUACAAGCGAACAUGUUAAGGACCUGGAGAAGGCUGAAGAAAAGGGUUGAUGAAGAAUCAGCAAAAUUUGGCGAUGAAUACAAAUCAUAUCACAUCAAGCCUUACAAGAGGUGAUAUGUUGCCAUCGAAAAGAUGAUCUGUAUAUUCUUUUAAUUUCUUGCAAUCCUGCCGUUGUAUGCCAGCUUGAUUGGGGCACAGUUGGUAGAUGUAUCAUGGCACUAUCAUUCGUGGUGAUUUUAUGACAAACAUAAGCUAAGGAGCACUUGAGGCGGGGAAAAAGGAAGGGCGAGCAGACAUGUGCCAUUGGUACACUGAUUUCAUCGGACUGAAAUUGCAGUUACUCAUGCAUCUGCUGUCUAUAUAGUAAUCUGGUAUAAUGAUUCUUUGGUGUGAUUGGGUGAAGUUGAAGAAAGGCGUUCCCCUCAGAGACAUCAGAUUAUUGGCGGAGUGGGAAAAUUCUACUGCCAAAUUUCUUGCGACCAAGGCAUCUGUUUGAUGGUGCUGGCUUCAAUGCAAACUUUCAGGACAUGCAGAUGUCCCAAAUUUUUUGUAGGAUGUGGCUAGCCUUUAUCCAUAGAGUUGUUUUCAUUUUAGUCAACAAUCAUGUACUAUUAUGCUGUAGGUAUCUGAUAUAGCAAGAAGUUAUUCACCUGUGAAAAUUGUAGCCCUCCCUUAUUUUUUCUAAUGUUGUACUUAUAGUCUUAUACUCCCUCUUCUCAAAUUACUUCGCAUAUUAGGUCUCGUUAGUAUCUUUGACCAACAAUUACACUAUUAAUAUAUAACUUUUGUCAGAUUCAUAAAGUAAAUUGGAAUAUGAGUCUAUUGACAUGGAUUUUAUGUCACAUAA